AGAUUCCACUGACUCUACGACCUUGAUAGCUGCUGUCCUAUUCUUGCUGUGCCUUGGCCUGGCAGCAACGGCCUUCUUCGUCAUGGCCGGAACCAUUGGCGGUGACGCACCUGAGGAAGUGCCUCCUGACUUCGGAGCCGGAGGCGGAGGCGGAGGCGGUGGUGGAGGUGGAGGCGGAGAUGGAGGUGGUGGUAGUCCUCCUCUGGUGACCCUACCGAUUGUGGUCACUGCUUCCGCGAGAAACUCCUCGUCGACGCCUCGCCUUCAGCCUAAGCCAGCUGGUUCUCAAGUUCCACCAGCUGGUCCACCUGUUCCGCCGGCGGUUCCACCGGCUGUUCCGCCACCUGUUCCGCCACGUGUUUCGCCACCUGUUAAGCCACCUGUUACUCGCGCUCCGCCAGCUGUUCCUCAGGAUCCGCCGUCGUCCCCACCUCCACGUGCUCCACCAGCUGGUCCACCUGUUCCGCGACCUGUUCCGCGACCUGUUCCGCCACGUGUUUCGCCACCUGUUACGCCUCCUGUUGCUCGCUCUACACCAGCUGUUCCUCAGCAUCCGCCUUCGUCCCCACCUCCACGUGUUCCACCAGCUGGUCCACCUGUUCCGCGACCUGUUCCGCGACCUGUUCCGCCACCUGUUCCGCCACGUGUUUCGACACGUGUUCCGCCACCUGUUACGCCACGUGUUUCGACACCUGUUCCACGACCUGUUCCGCCACCUGUUCCGCCACCUGUUCCGCCACGUGUUUCGACACGUGUUCCGCCACCUGUUACGCCACGUGUUUCGACACCUGUUCCACGACCUGUUCCGCCACCUGUUCCGCCACCUGUUCCGCCACGUGUUUCGACAAGUGUUCCGCCACCUGUUACGCCACGUGUUUCGACACCUGUUCCGCGACCUGUUCCGCCACGUGUUUCGACACCUGUUACGCCACCUGUUACUCGCGCCCCGCCACCUGUUACUCGGCAUCCGCCGUCGUCCCGAAGUCCACCUCCUCCAACUGAACCUCCUACACCAGCCACAACUGUGGACGUCAGACCGCUCAGGGAGAUGAUCUGCACCGUGGGCGGCACUGCGGUCGAAUACAGGCAGUACCCUGCGGAUGGGAUCUGCCACUUCAUCUACUACACCCACGUGUUCAUCCACACGAACACAAGUGAAAUCUGGCCGACGCGCUUCAUCACCAGCUUCAAGGUGUUCCAGGAACGCAUGCCAAAGUACCGGAAGACUCGAGGGGGGCUGUCCUUCGACGUCAGGUUGACGAACAGUUCCAUCGUGGACAAGGCGGUCCGUUCGUUGAAGUUGCUGCAGGCGAAGAAAAUCAUUCACUACGGCUGUCUCAAUGUCAUCGACAGAAUCGCCACCCUUGAAAAACUCGUAGCGCGAGCUAUAGCCCUGGUCAAGGCUCUCAAGCGGCUCCAACAGGGCGACCCAAGGAGGAGAACCGUAAUCGCCAUCGGCGGGAUCGGUUACAGCGACGCACCCGCCUGGAGAAAGUACACGGAUUCGAUCAAGGAAGCCGCGAAUGCGGGCACCGGGAUCGACACCGUGAUCGCCAUUUCCUCGGUCAGCGACUGGCUCGAGGAGAUGUCCAAGUGCAAAACCGUGCCCCCGGCCUUCAUCACGGCCUCCAACAAGGACUAUCCGUCUCUGGAGCGGAACAUGGAACUGGUAAAUGAGAAGAGUAACACCAUCUACGGCAACAGGGACGUCUUUGUGGGCCUCUCGCUGGAGAUGGGUGCCAUGAUGUACAGCUUUGCGGAGGACCAAACCAGCGCCCUCACUCGCGACCGUCUGUACAAGCACUGCGUGGCAGCGACCCUUGUGCCGCUGGAUAUGGCUUGCGAGAGUGGCUCAAAGACACACGUCCAGGACACCAAUAUUGCGUACGGCGCGGAUACAAAAAAGGUGAUCCUGGUCUUCGACAACGACGUUACUGUGGCACAAAAGAUGAAGUACGUUUUGGUGAAGAAGCCGCGGAAGCGCUUCGCCUGGCUUUACUUCAACGUGCACAUGGCCGACUUCCUGGGCAGGUGCAGGAUGCGCAAGCCCUUCACGCCAAUCCUUGUACUGCGCAAGAACUUCAGCAUCGGCAACAAGCCGUAGCACGGCAAUAAAUGUGGCUGCGAGCGCGCUUCGCCGAUGCGACUGGCACACGUGACCGAACUGUAUGUGAGCGAAGCUAAGUAGUAGGCGCUCCACAAUCAUUCUCGUGUUUUAGCGUGUGAAGGCAACGGCGCACUGGAGUCUCAGCAUAGACCUCCUUUUUUUUCAUGGGCGCCGCCAUAUUGCGGAGGCAGUGGUGCCAUCUAUGGGCAGUCGGCAUGCUGGCUCUGGCAAACGCUCCGUGUUUUAUGUCACUUAUACGAUUAGAGGCAGCGUUUGGUCGUUGUUUUCCUGCUCGUAUCGUCUCAUUAGUGUGACGUGACGUCUUCUACGUCAAAACCAGUUCUGUAAACCGUACUGACUCAUGUAUACACAUACUGACAGGAUUUAGGUCAGCAUAACCGAAGUUUCUGCGCCGUUGGGAUGGCCGGAUCACCCAGCCCGAUGGGAACGCGCGUGUUUGAUUCUACAAUCAGCCUCGUAGAUCAAUGGUACAUUUUUGAAUGCUUUUUCACUAACGCGUUCUUGCUUCAGCUUUGUCGCUGUAGUUUUAAGCUGUAGGUUUAGUAUCAAUGAGUAGUUACGAAGCAUAUGACGAUGUUAACAGCGUGGGUACCGUUCUGCUACGAAAUAAGCUGAGCUCUUUAAUUUCACCACCGUUCAAAUUUUCGGUGAUACUUCAAAAAUCGGUGAUACUUUAUGGAACUACCUGGUUGGUUGAAAGAGGUUUCCGCCCAUGAACAAAAUAUUUUGGUUAGUUAUAUCAGCGCACUGUACUGCCUCAAUCACACUUGCCGAGUGGUCGAGUGGCUGGCUGGGCACUGAACGAGCGUUCGAAGCAGUGAUAGCUGCCUGGCCCCAUGGAUAUGUUAGUUGUAUAUAGCGCUUAGUCCAAGCAUGCGAGAAAACACGAUUCUGCCAAAGCAGUUCACAACAUACACAUACGAUGCACGUCGAAUGUUAGCGCAGCCAGGACAAAUAUCCUCAUGCUCUAGUUAGCGCUGCACCGAAACGCUGCAGAGGUGAUGUUCGACGACUUUGUAUGAACUGACAUCCCGUCGAUUCCACGGAGAACGAGCACUAACAUUCCCCAAAUCGUUCGGCAGCACGCGACGCCAACCCAACCAAGCAACGCCGCGCCGGAUCGCACAAGCCAGAGAUAAAAAAAGUUCUCCGCGCGUCCUUUCCUCCUCACCCGAUGUCUAUAGUUGGGCUUUCGUCUUUCGCCUAAAUGAGAC